GUAAGGUAUGGAAUUGGAUGGGCUUUGGGAUCGCAAUGAGCAGUAAUUUUUGGUGCUACGCAAAAAAAUUGUCAUUAUUGCAGUUUUACAAAUUCAAUCUAACUCUUCACUAGGGAUGAGAGAGAAAGUGACAAAUCCACGCAAUCCACAUGAUGAGAGGCCGGCCCAAGAGCGAGCGAGCGAGCCCACACCGUGCUUUUUGCAUAUUGGAACCGAAUCAUCAGCCCGCCUUAGAUGAGCACGAAUCCGACGGCUGGAGGCAGUCCGGGUUGUUGAUGCGGAAAGAAUCGAAGCCGUCGAUUCCCAAAAGCUCAGUACAGUUUGCACAAUGUCCACGCUGGCAAAGGCAAAAGGACAAAUCACAAAACUGAAAAAAAGAGGUCUGCUGGUGGUGCUGGUGCUGGGUGGGGACAAGCGUCCGACGUGGCGGAUACGUGGCAAGUCAGAUCCAACGGCUGAGGAAUGGCAGCGACCAGACACCGUCGAUUGUGGUCUUGCAGGGGUCGUCCCUGGAUGACGUGAGAAUAGAAACUGCCGUAUGAAUGUGGAGGAAAGAGAGAGAGUUAAUUCUGCAGAGCAAAAGGUUCGGAUUUUCAGUCCUGUUUGAGAGCGACUCCAUUGCUGUCAGAGUCAGAGCAACAGUUGAAAUUUGAGAACUACACAGAUAGAGGGAGGGAGUGGGAGAGAGAGAGAGAGAGCUCAGCUUUAGCUUACCUCCAUGGCGGAAAAGUCAGUCCUCGCUCUGCUUCUUCUUCUUCUUCUUCGACUUCUUCCCAUUUCCUCUCGUCUGAAUUUUCUUCUGUGUUGUUUGGCAAUGGCGGAAUAGGAGGAGGAGGGGCAUUGAUUAGGGUUGAUAAUGAAGUUGAUUUGGAAACUGAAUUGAAAUUAGUUGCGGUGAUUUCAAUGGGAGAGAGGAAGGGGGCGAGCGCCAUUGAUGAGCUGAAUGAGAUCUGUGCUUGAAGCAGCUCUUUCCUUUUUAUCCUCACCAGUCACCACCACAAGGUGUUUCACAAGCGUGACCCUGAAACUGAUAGACCGAGAAAGUAAGAGAGAGAGAGAGAGAGAGAGAGAGAGAGAGAGAGAAAGGCGCGCUCUUUUCACUUUUCUUUCUUCCUCUCUUCCUUCCUUUUCUUUUUCGUGUGAGAAGAGAAGAGAAGAGAAGAGACGAGAGACUGAUUGUCUUUCUGCCUUCAGCGAGGCCAUUUUUCCUUUUGUCCUCUCUCUCUCUCUCUCUCUCUUUCGCUUUCUCUUUUCUUUUUUCACGAUGAGAACCUGAUUCUCCUCCUUAGCCACGAGUAAGCGCCAUCACACUUUUCCUUCUUCUUCUCUUCAUCUUCUGCUUCCUCCUCUGCCUUUUGAUUUCCGUCGUUUUGUUCACUCUCCAGUACUGUAGAUCGGACACUGAGCUCGGAUUUUUCUUUCUCUUAGACACCACACACUUUAUUUUCCCCUCACGAAACUCAUUCGCCUCUCCCUUGUGGAGUCAUAAUUACUACCACCAUUAAACCAUCUCCCUCUUUUAAACCUCUCCUUUCUCUGAACCGACGCUCUGGUUUCCUUCAUCCCUUGAUUCCUGCCGCAUUCUGCUGCUAAAUCCACUUCAUUUAACUUGUUUCAUUUAUUUAAACUCUCCGGGUGGUUCCAUUUCAUUUCAUUUCAUUUCAUCGGUCCCUGAGAAGAAAGGAGUAAAGGGUGAGAGAAGGAAAGAUCUGUGGGUUUGCUGGGUAACAUUUUUCAGCCAUGGAAGCCGUUUAGAGGAAGGAGAAGAAGAUGGCUUCUGGUUUUGGUUUACUAUGAGAAAUGAAGAUUAAACGGGGAGCAAGUCGGUUCGCGCGCCAGAUGAAGCCGCAGCAAUCUGCAUCUGGGGGAGAUUCAGUGGCGCCGGAGAAAUCGAAGAAAGGGAGAAUUCGGAGGCUGAGCGCCGUUAACAGAGCCAGCAGCUCGAGUUUCGAGGAUUCCCCACCAUCUUCGUUGAUUAUGGGGAAGAGAAAUAAUAAUGGUGACGUGUGUGAUAGAGAUGAGCAGCAGCAACAGUUACCUUCUUCUUCAUCUUCCCCUGUCAGUGGCAAUUAUGUCCAUAGCAAGAGAUUCAAGAUCCCCAGAAAGUUGCUUGAUGGCUGCAAUGGCGUCGUCCAUGCCACUGUUCCAAGGAAGUUACGUUCAGCAAUGAAGAAAAGGAGUAGAGAGUCUAUGUCUCCACCUCUCCCUGGUUCACAGAAGCUGAACCUUGGAACUGCUGGUGUUGAAGAAGCACGAAGAAGCAACGGCUUCAAAAGAUCGAGACUUGGCUUGGAGAAGCAACAGACUGGGCCAAUUACUAAAGAUGAGGAGGAAGUUGCUGAGGCUCUUUAUGCUCUGGCUGGAAUAUUUCCAGACAAUACCCUUACUGGUAACGAAGCUAAAUUAGAAAACAAUCCUCCAGAUGAAAAUGCUGCAGCUUUGAAGGAUGGUAGAGAGGUUCCAGGCUCUUCAAUUAAAGAGGAUUCGAACUCAAUCCUCAGCUUGAGGGGCAAAAUUCAGGAGGAAACCGCUGACAUUAGCUCUUGGAAGAUACCUCGAGUCCAGGAGCCUCCUGAAAUCUACAAUGGUAGAACUCUGGCUGAGAAAAUUGUGAAUCUUGUCGGUCAAGUAAACAUGGACACUCAUUCUCUGGUGGAUAAACUUGAGAAGGAAAAGAAGCUUGUCUGCAAUUUGACUAAUGCUCUCGUUCCACUUGAGCCAGUUCUUGAUAAAGAAAAGAAAAAGGUGCCAACCAAGCCAGAACAUUGGUUACUUGGCAGAAUGACAGAGGUUUCCAUGGAGCUGACCACUGCACGGGGGCUGCAACUGGAUAAGCAGCUUCCAGUCAAUGAACCAAAUAAAAAUGGUUUAGCUCUGUGGCCGGGAUUGUCUUCAGCAGCAUCAAGUGGUGCAUCUUCUAGUCAGAACCCUUCUCUGCAAUGCUCUCCUGCUAAACUUCCUGCUUGGCUGGAUGCUGCAGUAUCAACUUCUAGGCUAGCAGCUUCACCUUCGAAGGUCAGUGACAGAAGACCAUGGAGGAGAAGCAUGUCUCACGUUUGCAUAAGCCAUCUCAUACAGACUUUACAAACCUCGGAAAGCAAAGACAAGCAUCCACCAGCUAGAGUCGAAUCCACUGAGACGUUGAAGCCAGGAUUAUCUAUGACGCUGAAUGACUUCCAUGACAUAAGAAAGGGUUUCACUGAAGUUGCCGCAACAAGUACAAACGAAUCAGCCAGAGAAGGUAUUGUUCUGCAUCAGAGGAGGAUGGGCUACAGUCAGUCACAACCCACUCUCCUUCCUCUUGGCACAUACAGUUCUCAGAAGCAGCAGAGCUUCAAUUUCAUGUCCUUUCUGCAAGCCAAUACAAGUUUCAAUGGAGCAACAGCACAUCAGACACCACUUCACCCAACAACGACGUAUCUCGGCAGGCCACUGUAUGCUCCACCUAAUCUAACAACUCAGCAACUACUACAACACCAUCAGCAGCAGCAACAAGCACAAGUUCAGCAAUCUCUUCUGGUGGCAGCUGCUCAGUACAGGGCAGCUAGAGCUUCACCCGGUGCAGCACCAACCAUGACUCAUCUUUCCACUUGGCAGAACAGGAAGCAAGACACAGCACCACCAGCAGGAGCAGCAAUGGCGAUGCCAGCAUACGUCCGAGCCAUUAUAGCACCACAAGAUCAUCAGCUUCACGCCAGAGCGAGAAGGCAAGGCGAUGCCUUUUCGUCUGGCUAUGAGCAGGGUGUUGGAAGAGGCGGGUUUAGAGCGAAUGGUGCAGCAGCAGCAGCAGCAACAGCGACAGCAACAGCACUUCCCCUGCAACUACUCUGCGAUGAACGAUUAUGAGAAAAAGGAUUGUUUCACCUGAUCAUGAUUGUUUCAUUCUUUGCCUGUGUGAAAGAAACGUUAGCCCCACUGGACGUGAUGAUUGAGAGAGCGAAAUAAGAAGGGGGAGGAGGGUGAGAGAUGGGAUUCUGGGCUGGGGAGUAUAGCACUUACCUCUUGUACAGCCGUCUUACAAGGAUGGCAGCGAAUUUACACAGCCAAAAGAUUAUAUAUAAAAUCAAAAUUUUGACUUAUU